CAUGAUAAGGAUUGGGUAGAUUUUCUCAGUACAGUGCACCUUCACCCUAUCCCCCAGUCAACCUCUUUGUAUGUCUGGCACCCUUUGGUGGCAACAAACUGGGAUUUGAUUAAAUGGGGGCUCCCCUUGGUGGUUGUAAUAUGGCUCCAGCAAACACACACUUCUGCUCUGUAAGGACACUAUAAGUGGUACAACUUUCUGCCAGCUCCCAACACCCACAGUGUUGUUAGUGCUUAUGCUGCUUAUGUAAGACAAAAUGCUUAUGCAAAAUGUUACAUGUAAGUUGUUGCAAAAAAAUAUAGUGACUUUUGUUCCAGACAGAGUCUUUUCCUGCCUUCUGCCCACAUCACAUCCUCAGCUCCUGUGUGGUGGCACAAGCUGUGUCCCGGUUCACAAUGAACUGGAGCAAUGCUGAAUGGUUUGGAGGGGGGAAUUCCUUUAUCCUUAGCAGCCCUGGUUGAUCCCACUGGAUCCCCACUGCACCUUUGCAAGCCAUGCACAGGCAUUGGAAGGUGCUGUGAUCCAUUUCAGAACUGCUGUCUGAACAAGCUGCACAAGGUCAGACUGUUCCAUCUGUCCACUCACCUGUAUCUAGAUGUACAAAGGAUUGUUGUAGCAAGAUACGGGCAUGUCUGGAAGGAGCUAAGGAGAUUCACACUCUCUACGCUGAGGAACUUUGGGAUGGGAAAGAAAUCCCUGGAGGAGCGAGUGGUAGAGGAAGCUGGCUUUCUUUGUUCUGCAAUAAAGUCUGAAGAAGGUAAAUCUUUUGAUAUACAUGUUCUUAUAAAUAAUGCUGUCUGCAAUAUGAUCUGCACCAUUGUCUUUGGAGACCGUUUUGACUACGGUGAUGAGACAUUCAACAAGUUGUCACGGUUAUUUCAAAAUUCCUUGAAUGAAGAAACUGGAUUCCUGCCUCAGUUUCUUAAUGUGGUGCCCAUUUUGUUGCGCAUCCCUGGAGUGCCACAGAAAGCCUUCCGAGCACAAAAGGAGUUAAUGGACUUCAUAGAUGUGGUCAUAGAUAAGCAUAUGAAGACGUGGGACCCUGCUUACACCCGAGAUCUCACGGAUGUGUUUUUAAAGGAGAUGGAGAAGGGUAAGGCAGCUGAAGAGAAUGGCUUCCACUAUAGCAACCUUCGUCUGGUGGCUGUAGACUUGUUUACAGCUGGUUCUGAGACCACCUCCACCACUCUUCGGUGGGCAUUGCUUUAUAUGCUUCUCCACCCAGAAAUACAGAAUAAGGUCCAGGCAGAGAUUGAUAAAGUGAUUGGCAGAGAGAGACCCCCCACCAUGAAGGACCAAGCAAGCAUGCCCUACACUAAUGCUGUGAUCCAUGAAGUACAGCGCUGUGGGGAUAUUGCUCCUGUUGGGCUACCUCACAUGACGUACCGGGACACUGAGUUGCAAGGCUUCUUUAUUCCCAAGGUCGCCGUGCCUGUCCGGGAGAACAGCUGGCCAGGAUGGAGCUCUUUCUCUUCUUUACCACUCUCCUGCAGAAAUUCACUUUCGUGCUCCCUGAGGAGCAGCCCAGGCCACGGGAGGACGCUCACUUUGCACUCACGAACUCUCCACACCCAUACCUGUUGCGAGCUCUCGCAAGAUAAAUGCACACCAUUCUCCUUUCACUCACAGACCACCACCCACCCAAACUCUGCCAGAAACAUUGCAGGUCUAGGCAGGAUCAUGCCAGGUUCAAUCUCAAGUCUGUGCAGAGGGCCACAUCUGUGUAAAGUAAGGAUCUAGGCAAAUAUCUUGUUUAGCUUAAUUCUAGUCGUGAUUCUUGAAUCAGAUGAGAACUUCAGCUUCAACAAGGUGACAUUAAAAUGUAGUUUCAGAGUAGUGCUUCUGAAAAAUCUUACCAUCCAAGAUAUACAUGUCCCCUUCAUUCCUUCCUGUUUAUUACACCCUUCUGUAUGCUGAACAAAUAUUGCAUUGUCUUAAUUUACAGCUUCCAAGAAAGUAAGUUUUAAUCCUCACAACCCUUAUAACACUAUGCCAUCCAGUAGGAGUAAAUACCAAGGAGUAGAUAAAUAAUCCAUAUGUUUCAGCCACAGGAGGUCAUUUGUGAAAUACAGAAAUUUCGAAAAUACAUUUAAAGAGAAAUCCUGCUGUUUAGAUUUACUAUGUCCUCUAAUUAAAACUUUUUUUUGUUUGUUUGUUUGUUUGUUUUUUUGUUUUUUGGCAUUACAUAAAGUCAGCUCUUGGACAGGUUUGGAACUCAGAAAGGGAUGGAGUUAUACUGUUUGAAACUGUAUGGCCAUAGAUUUCAGAGUUAUCUUUCUUCAAUAUUCCUGACAAAUUGUUUUGCAAAAUGUACAGAUAAGUUGAUGUUUAAAUUACCACAUGUGAAAAGACAAUAGCACAAAGGAGCUCCUAUGUAUAACCACCACGAAAGAAAAAAUAAAAUAAUCUGAAAUUGAAUGCAUGUGUGCAGAAGUAAUUUUGUGUAGCAGUAAUUUUGGAAGCUACGAAAGCUAUUGAAUUAUGCAAAUACUUAUUAACAUAAUUAAGAUUUGAACUUCAGCAGGAG